AUGUUUCCAGGAAGAACCCGAUGGUGCCAGGAAGGACCCGACGGUAUCAGGAAGGACCCGACGGUAUCAGGAAGGACCCGACGGUAUCAGGAAGGACCCGACGGUGCCAGGAAGGACCCGACGGUAUCAGGAAGGACCCGACGGUAUCAGGAAGGACCCGACGGUGCCAGGAAGGACCCGACGGUAUCAGGAAGGACCCGACGGUAUCAGGAAGGACCCGACGGUGCCAGGAAGGACCCGACGGUAUCAGGAAGGACCCGACGGUAUCAGGAAGGACCCGACGGUGCCAGGAAGAACCCGACGGUGCCAGGAAGGACCCGACGGUAUCAGGAAGGACCCGACGGUAUCAGGAAGGACCUGACGGUAUCAGGAAGGACCCGACGGUAUCAGGAAGGACCCGACGGUGCCAGGAAGAACCCGACGGUGCCAGGAAGGACCCGACGGUGCCAGGAAGAACCCGACGGUGCCAGGAAGAACCCGACGGUGCCAGGAAGGACCCGACGGUGCCAGGAAGAACCCGACGGUGCCAGGAAGGACCCGACGGUGCCAGGAAGGACCCGACGGUGCCAGAAAGGACCCGACGGUGCCAGGAAGGACCCGACGGUGCCAGGAAAGACCCGACGGUGCCAGGAAGGACCCGACGGUGCCAGGAAGGACCCGACGGUGCCAGGAAGGACCCGACGGUGCCAGAAAGGACUCGACGGUAUCAGGAAGGACCCGACGGUGCCAGGAAGGACCCGACGGUGCCAGAAAGGACCCGACGGUAUCAGAAAGGACCCGACGGUGCCAGAAAGGACCCGACGGUGCCAGGAAGGACCCAACGGUGCCAGAAAGGACCCGACGGUGCCAGAAAGGACCCGACGGUGCCAGGAAGGACCCGACGAUGCCAGGAAGAACCCGACGGUUCCAGAAAGGACCCGACGGUGCCAGGAAGAACCCAACGGUGCCAGAAAGACCCGACGGUGCCAGAAAGGACCCGACGGUGCCAAGAAGGACCCGACGGUGCCAGGAAGGACCCGAUGGUGCCAGGAAAGACCCGACGGUGCCAGGAAGGACCCGACGGUGCCAGGAAAGACCCGACGGUGCCAGAAAGGACCCGACGGUGCCAGGAAGGACCCGACGGUGCCAGGAAGGACCCGACGGUGCCAGGAAGGACCCGACGGUGCCAGGAAGGACCCGACGGUGCCAGGAAGGACCCGACGGUGCCAGGAAGGACCCGACGGUGCCAGGAAGGACCCGACGGUGCCAGGAAGGACCCGACGGUGCCAGGAAGGACCCAACAGUGCCAGGAAGGACCCGACGGGGCCAGGAAGAACCCGACGGGGCCAGGGUGCCCUGGGCUCGUCGGAUCAGUGCCCUCCCCAUCCUUUCCCAUGUGGUGAAAGCCUAGUGGACCUUGCGGACACGUUCAUGGCUCGAAUCAAUGACGAGGCCAAGGACACUGUGGAGAGCCUACCAUUAUCUACUACCGAGAGUAGUGAGGAGGUGGAGGGGAACCCUGGUGAGUCUCAGCCUAUGGCAUCUGACCCAGGCAUGGAUGCUUCCUUGAGUGAACUGCAGAAGGCUGACUCCAGUCUUGCAGAAUGUCACGAUGUAGCUCUCUCUAAGGAAGAGAUUGUAGAUGCAUCAACUGGGUACUAUUACGAGGAUUAG